GCAUGUGCUGGUCAUGGUUCGAGUAUUAGACAUGUUUUCCGCGACAAGAUCGUGUCAAUCGUCUGCAUACACCCUGGCUCACCCCCAGAACUAUGCAUACCAACAGCAGGGUGUUUAUACGGGUUACGAGAGUUGCAAUGAGGCAUCAUCCAACAAUUACCAACAGAACAUGUGGUACGCCAUGUCUACAUCCGGACAAUCCAGACAGAUUUUCGACGACUUUAUCACCGGCGGGGAUCAGUGGCGAGGGUCAGUGGCGUAUUCUGGCCAGACGUACGCUCCUUACCUUCAGAGGGGCUCGUCGGCAGACGAUUUCGCCAUCACUGACGGUCGCAGUCCAGAUUCGGUGGUUGCUGUUUCAAGCGAUGGCUUGAGUGAAUCCGACAGUCCGACCCUGCAGGCUGGUAAUUUGUGCAGGCCGCAACCAGCCCGCAGUCCUUUCGAGUGGAUGAAGAAAACCUCGUACCAAAGUCAACCAAAUCCAGGAAAGACAAGGACCAAAGACAAAUACCGUGUGGUAUACACAGACCAUCAACGAUUAGAACUAGAAAAAGAAUUCCACUACAGCAGGUACAUUACAAUUCGCAGAAAAUCGGAACUGGCGACUGUGUUAGGAUUAUCAGAGCGACAGGUGAAGAUCUGGUUCCAGAACAGGAGGGCCAAGGAACGAAAACAGGCCAAGAAAAGAGAAGAACUGCUCCAGAAAAACAAAGACGGAUCCGUUGUUCAAGGAAUGACCAUUAACGCGAUAGCAACGCCCACAAACUUAUGCCAUCAAAUGGGCGGAACACUCAAUGUCUUCAAGCCUCUGGCGCACUUUGACCACGAGGUAGGCCCCAGGAAUCUACAAAUGUAUCAAGUUUCCGAAGGGACUUUAUGUAAAUAA